GCGAGGAUAAUUUCGUAAUUUAGGAAGCCGCCCGUCGACAUUUUUUAGCUUCCCCUUCCUCCAUCUGCAAUCAUUGUCGUCCCCAGACUCUUUCGUCUCCGAGGGAAAUUUUGUCUGCUUCGUCUCUCUCUGAAGAUUAUAUGGAUAAGAGAUGCAGAAUCGGUUCGUGGGAGCGUGUAAUUGCAAAAGUUCUGUAUUUUCUUGUAAUUCCGUCGAUAUCUGAACCGUCCGAUCGAUCGACGCCUUGGGUACCACCGUUCCUGCCCAAAUAACACCCACCGGAAAAGAACGAAAAAGAUCAACACAAGCUGAAAAGUGGCAGCUCUUGGCGACGGCAAAGAUGUCACGGGGGAGGGGUAAAUCUGGUGGCUGGACCGCCUUUGACCUGAAGCAGCGACAGAAACAAGGCCUUGAACCCGAUAUUCUCAACGACCCCUUCCCACCUCUGGUCCCCUGUCAAAAGAAGUUGCUCACAAAUAAUAACAGUGAUGACGAUAAGCCUUCCUCAUCUCUGCUCCUUCCGUCUGUACAUUUUCCAGCUUUGACAGACGAGAAGAAUGGGAAAUACCAAAAACCGGCAAAAAAACUAGUCGGUGAUUCUCGUGGCCCGUCUAGCAAUAAGGAAAACGACCGCGUUUUAGCCGUUCCGAAGCUCCAAGAGCUCCACCCUUGGGCCGACAAUAGCCUGCUUCAGGAUGUCUUGGCUGCUGCGGAUGAUAAUAUGGACAGGGCCUCGUCGUUGUUGAAGGCAAUGGUUGCCAAUUAUGACGGCUUUGAAGACAACGGACCACCAACAAGCAAUGCGGAGGUCGAUUCUACUUCUUUGGGAAAGACCAUGACUAUGACUAUGAGCCUCGCUGAUCUUGAGGACUCUCUCAAAUACAACGGCAAGGAAUUGGUUGAGGAAGACGAUUCUUUUGGGAAAAAGCUUUCUGAUGGUGAUGAGACCAUUGACCAAAAAUUGAAGUCUGUGCCCAUCGAACCCGAGUGGGAAGAGGAUGACUUAUACUUGAUCCAUAGAAAAGAUGCGUUGAAAAUGAUGAGGUCAGCGUCCCAGCACUCAAGGGCGGCCACAAAUGCUUUUCUAAGAGAUGAUCAUGUUUCUGCCCAACACCACUCUCUCAAGGCUCAACAACACCGGUCGGCUGCUGAAGGGCUCAAUGCCAAGGCAGCCAAGGAAAUUUUUAGUAUCAGGAAUAGCGGCAACGAUUUGUGGAAAUUGGACUUGCAUGGUCUUCACGCAGCAGAAGCUAUUCAAGCCUUGCAAGAGCGUCUGCAGGAGAUUGAAACCCAAGUGCACCCAAAUCAUUCUGUAUCUCCGAAAAGGGUCUCUUCAUCACUUGACUCCUUUACUCUCACGGAUGCAGAAAAGUUAGAUAUACAACAGGCACCAUCAAGGCAGAGGCCAACAUCAUUACAGGUCAUAACGGGUAUAGGGAAUCAUAGCCGAGGACAUGCUGCAAUUCCAACAGCUGUGAGGAGUUACCUUAGUGAGAACAGAUAUCGUUUUGACGAGUUGAGGCCAGGGAUGGUAACAGUUCGGCCCAAGUUCCGUCACCGGUGAUUGGUGAAGUAACCGAUCUCUUGUUCCCUUCCGUCCCAAAUUGAUGUGUAGUUUAUUCUUUCAAGGAUUUUCGUACCUGCAAGAAGCUUGGGUGUUACUAUUUCUUCCAGUUUAGGACAAAUAUUGGCAAUAGGAAUCUUGUUUUGUAGAAUUAACUGGCUUGUAUUACUCCACUCCUUUUACUUUAUAAAAGCUCCAACUUUAGUA